UUGUUUUGUAUCCAGACUGGCACCAUUUAGGACUCCACCCCUAACUCUAGAUCCUGGAGGAAUGCAAGCCUCGAAUCCGUCUAGCAGCUAAAAUGCAUCUGGAAUUCCUCUGAUGAAAAGGAUCGGCGGGUAAAAAAGAAAAGGAGGGAGGCCUGCCCUCCCUCCCGCUCUCCCGCGCCCAUGUCUUUUGCAUGGAAUUUUUUUGCAGCAAUUCCAUGCUAGAGGUCUCUACCGAGCUUCACAAAUAGGAACUGGCUGCAUGGGAAGGUUGCUCUUUCUUUUGUGCAUCAUUCAGCUAAGUCGGUACAAGUAAGAGCCGGUAGUCUACACGUUCUGAUUUUCAUCCAUAACAAAGACUAAUUUCUCCGCCCCAUCCGGAAAGCAAGAUUUUGGCGUGGAGAACAAGAAAGGCCGGGGGAAUUCCUACGCCACAUCUCUAGCCCUUCGGCUCUCUCCCUCGCCAAUGGCAGAUGGAGAGAAAGGGAAGGCGAUACAAAGAUAAGAGGGAGAGAGCUCGGAGCCUGGUACCACUGCAGCAGCACUGCUCACAAUAGAACAGCUGCAAAGCCAUUGUCCCAAUCUCAGGUCUGCACAGGAUCAGCCCCACUGGUCCAUACUGGCCAGUCCCAACCUUGAAGUCUGGCGACUGGUUCCUGCCUUCAUCAGCUCUGGUCUUUCGGAGGGCAUCCCUUCUGCUCCCCUCCCCCAUCGCCGUUCUUUUCUCACCCCUGAUUCUAUCUCCCUCUGCAGUAUUCUCUUUGAGAGCUCAGCCUCUCUUUCCUUACUGCUGUGUUGGAUGUUUCCGGUGUAGGAGAUCUAAUGCUGAGCGCGGACAGGAUGGAAGAGUUUCAGAGUGAGGAAGAGGAACCGUGGUAUGACCAACAGGACUUGGAACAAGACUUGCACUUAGCAGCUGAACUAGGGAAGACCUUGUUGGAGCGCAACAAAGAACUGGAGGAUUCUCUGCAACAGAUGUACGCAACCAAUGAGGAGCAAGUACAAGAGAUAGAGUAUUUGACAAAACAGCUGGAAAUGUUACGGCAUAUGAAUGAACAGCAUGCUAAGGUCUAUGAGCAGCUGGAUGUGACAGCACGUGACUUGGAACUGGCCAAUCAGAAGCUUGUGCUGGAGAGUAAGACAUCCCAGCAGAAGAUACAAUGCCUGACAGAAACCAUUGAGGGGCUGCAGAACCAAGUAGAUGACCUACAAAAGCAAGUGGAAGAGCUACAGAGCCUAGAUCAGCUGCGUAUCCGUCGGGAGAAGAGAGAGAGGCGCCGAACCAUCCAUACAUUCCCUUGCCUCAAGGAGCUGUGCUCCAGUCCCAGAUAUGAAGAUGCAUUCCAGAUUCACAGCUCUUCAAUGUUCAGUCAUUUGCCCUUGGAACGAGAGAAUGAGCGAUUGCAAGCAAUGGUAAAUUCCUUGAGGUCUCAAGUCAACCAAGAGAAACAGCGGAAGGAGAGGGUAGAGAGAGAGUACACAUCUGUCAUCCAGGAGUACUCAGACCUUGAACAACGGGUGUGUGAGAUGGAGAGCUGCAAGCUGCGCAUUAAAGAGCUGGAAGGAGAGUUACUGGAACUCCAGCAGAUGAAACAAGUCAAGAAGUAUCUCCUCAGUAGAGAGGACAACCUAUCAGAAGCACUUCUAGAACCAUUAAACAAUGCCCCAGAAGCCGACUACAUUGACUUAUCUGAGGAAGAUGGAAGUAAAAACCAUGAAUCAUCCAUGACGGCUUCCCCAAACCACCCUGUACGGAAAAGCUGUAGUGACACAGCCCUGAAUGCCAUUGUGACCAAGGAUGCUGUGAGCCGCCAUGAAGGCAAUUAUACACUCCAUGCCAAUAAUGUACGCAAAAGGGGAAUGUCAAUCCUGAGGGAGGUGGAUGAGCAAUACCAUGCCCUGCUGGAAAAGUAUGAGGAGCUCCUCAGCAAGUGCCGACAGCACAAGGACAGCGUGCGCCAUGCCGGUGUCCAAACCUCCCGCCCCAUCUCUCGCGACAGCUCCUUUAGAGACUUCCGGGGAGAGGGUUAUGAGCUAGACGAGCUCAAGACAAUGGAAAAGAGCCUUAGCAAACAUGUGAAUGCUGUAGACAAGCGGCUAGAGCAGAGUCAGCCAGAGUACAAAGCCCUGUUUAAGGAGAUCUUCUCCCGAAUCCAGAAGACAAAAGCAGACAUCAAUGCCACCAAGGUGAAAAAGAAGACCAGCAAGUGAAUCCUACCACUUUUACAUCACUUCAUCUGCCACAAACAAAUUCAGCACCGAGUUCUCUUCUUCGGCCCCAGGAAGCAUUAUUGGCCUCCUGCCUCCAUCCUGGGAGCAUCCCACGUUGAUGUCUUGCACAGAAAGGGAACCUCUUGGAGUGUUUCAAGAGUCAGAAGAGCCCACCUCAUAUUCUUUAAAGUCAAUGCUCCAAGCUGCCUGGGUCCCUGAAUGUGCUGCAAAAGCUCUAUGUUAUAGUUGUAGUUGGUAUCCAAUAUUUCAUAUGGAAUCCCUUCACAUCACUACGGCAGCCAGAGAUUACAGACCGGAAAUUUGACCAACUAGCCACAGUCUCACCUUCUCCCACAACCACAGUUUGAUCUGUUUCCUUCAGACAACAUAGGAUCAAGCUUGGAUUUCUCAUAAUGCCCUGGAAUGUCCAAAACAUAAUAGGUUUAAAAAAAAAAUCAAUAUCCCGAGGCAACUUCAGUACAUGCAUAUUUCUUUUCUGUUUCCACCCACACCCCUUUCUUCCCAUGAAGAAGCCACAGGUGCAUCAAGAAGACUUUUUACUGGACUUCUCUCUUUCGUGAAAGGGAGUUUGUUCUUCCUGUUUAAGCCAUCCUCUUAUUGGCCAGGUUUUUCAAUACUUACAAUGCAAGCUCAUUGCAACUGGAAAAACUUGAAGAGAUUGCUGUCAUGUCUUCAUCAAGCAUACCUAAUUGUUCCACUCAUAUAAUGUACAACAGAGUGAGCAUAGGUUUUACACUUCCUCCAGUAUUUUUAUUUUAGCAACUUAGUUAUCACUUCACUUAUUUAACCUGGGCUUUCCGAGAAGCCAAACAAGAAGUGCUAUUAUUGGCUUGGAGAGACACUCUCGUCUUCGUUUGGGUGUUGGUUUUCCAUGCCUUGCUGAUCAAGUGGUUUUCCUUAUUGUCUUUUGUGGCUGGCUCCUAAGACAUGAUUUGCAUGGUCUUGCAAAACUGAUUACUCAUGUAAGUAGGAGUAAAAUCAGCAAAACACCAAGUUCAGUUGUCAUCACAAAUAAUGUUGUCUAUCACACUAUUCCACACAUUCACUUGUUAGUUACACUUCAAUUUCCAAGCCACCUUUUCCAAAGGCUCUUUUACUCCAUGUAUACAUUCAGCUUGCAUACCACAUAUUUACACAGAAAAGGCCUUUCCAGUCUCAGGAAUCGUCAGUAUCCAUUUCACAGAAAUGCAAAUUUUGGCUUUUUUAGACAUUAACUAGUAAGUGAUAUUUAGUUAGGUUCACCUGCAUAUAUGAAGAUAAGCAGUAUUAUAUUUCACUAAGCUUACAGUACACAUACCAGAGUUCUCACCUGUGGGGGAACAAUAGUAGCAAUGAUUAUUAACUUACCAAGCAGUAUUAUACUUGAAGAAAUUUUUGACCAGUUUCUUGUUUUGCUGUAUCUGAAUAAAACCCAAAGUCUGUGAUGUUUCUUUGAAAUGUAAAUGAGAUUUCAGUCUGCCUUCUGAUUAUUUUCCACAUAUUCCUUCAUGUUCUCUUAUUUUCAGAAAUUGUUCCUUCUCUGUGAUCCUUAAUCGACUGUGAUUCUCAAAUCACUUUCUUUGCAGUAAUCAUUAUCACCAAUCCUGAUAAAGUGGCUUGAGGACCAUGGCUCCUUGCAAAUGGCUGCCACCGUUUCUGCCUCUUGCCAAGCUUUUUACAUUUCAUGUUGGUAUACCUGGCUUUCACCUGAAGGCAAUUUUGUGAACUCAGUAAAUACAGGGUAAGAAGCCAAUUGUGUGGAAAGUCAAUGGAUAAGUCAAAUGGAAUGAGCAUUUCCAGUUCUCUAACACUAGAUUGUCAUCUCAUUAUGUGUUUGCUAGAUUUGUGCCAUGGGAAACGCACAAUUGAAGUCACUUUUGUAAUGUGUGAAAGUAUUUUCAAGUUAGCCUUUCCAAGGGCUCUUGUUUCUGGAAAGGUUCUUCCUCUACUAUUUAAUGCCAAAACUUCUUUUGUACACUUGAUGUGGCCCAAACUUUGAAGUAUUAGGAGCCAUAGACAUGAUUAUGGCUACCAUUCUGGUAACCAUAAUGACAAACCUUCAUGCCUUACAGUGAAAAAUCAAGUUAUCUGGAAAAAAAUAACAAAGGAAGUUGGUUUUCUCAGAGCAUUAUUUUGCUCUAUGUUGCUGCCAUGAUGGCUACUGAUGUUUUGAUUAACUUUCCUUUAUUACCUUUUUACUAAGGGACUUUUGAACGGAUAUUUGUUCUCAAGUCAUCUGUUUGUUGCAUCAGUAUUUGGGAUAGGAGGGGGCCAUUGCAAUCAUUUUUGGUUUUGAACACUGUUAAUGUGCAAGCCAGCAUCCCAGUUUAAGUGUAGUAUACUUAAAAUUAAUAUAUUUAAAAAUAUUUUAUUCUGUUCAUAAAUAAAAAAGAAACACCUGUAUUCUGAACCCUGAAAUAUCUUGUGUUUA